AUGCUUCAGCUCGUCGUCGAGCGUUUAGAGCUUACUCAGGCGAGGAUCCUCUCACAUGGCUCCCCCAACCGAAGCCACGCAGUUGGAGUCUCAUGUACCCAGAUAGUGUCGGUUAUCGACGACAACGUCACGGGGAGCCAGGUCCAGCCUCGCCUCAGAUCCUCAGCCAAGUUUUGGUGCGUGUCAGCUUCGACGUUGGCUUCUGGUCGUCUGGGAACGACACCGGCACCGCACUAA